CGAGCUAGCUCUCUCUCACUGAUCUCUCCCUCUCUAUCUUUCUUCCCUUCUCGUGUGUGUAAACAUGGGAGCUCUAAAUUUUCUCUCUGACUAUCUCUCUGAUCAUUUCUAUGUCUCAAUAAGAAAAAGGAAGAAGCGUAAAAUCAUGCAGACGGUGAAUAUAAAGGUGAAGAUAGACUGUGACGGAUGCGAACGCAAAAUCAAGAACGCAGUUUCCUCCAUGAAAGGAGCAAAAUCUGUGGAAGUGAAUAGAAAGAUGCACAAAGUGACGGUGAGUGGUUACGUGGAUCCGAAAAAAGUGUUGAAGAAAGUGCAGAGCACUGGGAAGAAGAAAGCUGAGCUAUGGCCGUACGUUCCAUAUACGAUGGUGGCGUAUCCAUACGCAGCUGGAGCUUACGACAAAAGGGCCCCAUCAGGUUUUGUGAGGAAGUCGGAGCAGGCUCAGGCGCAGCCAGGAGGUACAGACGAUAAGCUCAUGUCCCUUUUCAGCGACGAGAACCCUAACGCCUGCACCAUCAUGUGAAUAAGUUUAGCGCAUGACGUGAUAACUGGUGUAACGUCUUAUAAAUUUAGAUGUUGGAACCUGUUUUGUUAGUGUAUAGAAUCAGAAGCAAAGAAACUUAUAAUAGUACACCAAUACCAUGUAAUAGAUAUGUAUCAGUUUCAUAUUAUGCGUUUACUUGCAAGCAGUGGUUUAUAUUCGUGUAUACAGUUUUACUUGUAUUUUAAUGAAUAACUAGA